CGUGCAAAUUUUGUUAUCAUAACAGAUAUUAAUGUUAAUUCUCUUUCAGAUAUAUAGCAAAUACACUAAUUCGAUAUUCGGAAGAUAAAUUGCUCUCGACAGGAUGGAUGCGAAUAUAAAUUCUACAGUAAUGAAUGUUACUAACUUUUCGGCAAACGACAAUAAAGACAUAUUGUUGGCAAUUUGUAUAUCUGGAUGGAUAUGUGUAGCAGAAGGAAUUUUGACAGUCCUUUUCAAUGGUCUAGUAAUCGUUUUGUUAGUGAGAAGGAAUAUUAGGUCAAAUAUGUCUUUUCUUUUGAUAAACUUAGCUAUUGCAGAUUUGUCAGUUGCAUUGCUGCACGACUUUCCAAGGGCAGUACAACAACAUAAUAACUGGACAUACGGACGAUUUUUAUGUGUGUGCUUUAUGUAUACACAAGAUGUCGCUCUGUUUGCUUCGACCUUUUUAUUAGUAUCACUGAGUGUUGAUCGACUUGUAGCAUUAGCUCGUCCACUAUGGACAGGUAGACAGAAGAUUUUAACACGAUUCUGCAUGGUAUUAAUUCCUUGGAUAACAGCAAUUUAUCUCAGUACACCAUUCUUGAAAAGUGGACUUUAUCGCUACCGUGGACAAGUAUGGUGUACUCCUUUCUUUGCGGGGAUGUAUGGAAAGGUAUGGCUGCCAAUACGAUCGGCAUUGUUAGUGAUAAUUCCAGGUGUUGUCAUGGUUACCAUUUACGGUUACAUUGCAUAUAUCAUUCGGGUCAGAAAGAAAAAUGGUUACAUAGCUACAGACAGUGAAGCACCAGAUGCUUUAAGAACAAAUCAGUCUCGAGCAUUGGGUAAUGCAAUGAAAAGAAGUAUACUCAUAACGUUUGUUGUAGGAAUUGCUUUCAUCUUAUGUUGGCUCCCAUCAUCACUGGCGACAUACACAAACUUGGUAUCUGUAAAAAGUCUUGGAGGAGCCUUCUACAUAAUGACAGCUCUGUCUCCACUAAACAGCUUAAUAAACCCAAUCAUUGUUCUUUCAAUAAACCAUAGGAUGUUUAGACCAAGACGAAAAAACACUUUGUCAACUAAACUCACGUUGACAACGUCAUUAAAAAGCCUAGGUCGUACAAGGCGUCCAUAUGUGAACGCAUAAUAUCAAAUUAUAAACAGAACACAAUGUGUUAUUGAGUGUUAUAGCACUUUCAUAUUUUUUUUUUUUUUUUUUUUUUUGUAAUUUACUAA